UAAACCCAUCCCUUAAACCCUCCAGAUUGGAAAGUCGAACCAGAAAAAGCAAGACGCGGCUAGGGUUUCAGGUUCUGUCUCCGUCGACCCAGACUCGAAUAGAAAGCCAAGGGAAAUCAAAUCGUAGCAGCGAUGUUCCCAGGAAUGUUCAUGCGCAAACCAGACAAGGCGGCGGCCUUGAAGCAGCUGAAGGCACACGUGGCUAUGUUUGGGGUGUGGGUAGCUGUGGUUCGUGUCUCUCCCUACAUUCUUCAUUACCUCUCUGAUGACAAGGAAGAGCUCAAGCUCGAGUUCUAGAUGCCCCUCUCUCUUUCUUUUCAGUGGGUCUACAGGGAGAGAAUUGGAUUGGGAUGCAAAAGAGUUUCAAGCACUUGAUUCCUUUUCAGCCUGCUUAAGUAUGAGACUGUGGUGUUAUCACAUUAGGUUAUAUUUGCAUUUGCUUUGAUCAUGCUUAUUAGAUUUUUUUUUGUAAUGGAGGCUGGAAUACUUCCAUAUUAUGUCAUGACGGUUAUAUCUAAUUGAAUAUACUUUUGAAUUUCUUGCUUGUAGCA